AGGACUGAAGUCAUUUCCACUGGAUUCAGAAAAUAUAGGAUUGAUCACUGCUCAUAUCUGUUUAUGUCUCUGGAGUAGUAAAAGUAAAGAGAGAAGAAGAAGAAGAAGAUGAUGAUGAACAGCGGAAGCAGCAGCGGCGGUGGCGGAAGUAGCGGUGGAGGAAGAACAUCAUGGCCGUCAACGACGUCACCUUCAGGAAAGAGAAUACAAAAGGAAUUGAAAGAGUUGGACUCUCAUCCUCCUCCUCUCUCCUCCGCUGGUCCCAUCGCCGACAGCCUUAACCACUGGCUCGCCACCUUUCUCGGCCCACCAGGGACACCAUAUGAAGGCGGUAUAUUUUUCCUCGACAUUUUGUUUCCCAAUGAGUACCCUUUUAAACCUCCCAAGGUGAUGUUUAAAACAAGAAUUUAUCACUGUAAUGUUGAUUCUUCCGGCAACGUCAAUUUGGACAUUCUGAAAGAUGGAUGGAGUCCAGCCCUAACAAUCUCCAAGGUGCUACUUGCUAUAAGAUCCAUAUUUCUGAACCCUGAUCCAUACAAUGCUCUGGUACCUCCCAUCGCGCACCUAUACCAAGUUGAUAGGAAAAGGCACGAUGAACUUGCUGCUGCAUGGACACACCGGUUUGCAAAAUAAAAGAAACAAUCAAUACAAUUAAAGUUUUGGCCUAGUUGUUAAGACAGAGGUCCUAUGUACAAUAGGUCUCAGGUCCGAAUCCCCCGCCACCAUUUGUAAUUUAUUUGCCCGUGUGGCUCAUCGCACCAAAAAAAAAAAGGUUUGGGAUGUUUUCAAACUCACUUGCUUGUAUAUAACUAUAUAGAUGGAAAAAUGCAUGUCCAACAAUGUUUGAUCAUUGUACAUGUUAUAGCUAAUACUAGCGGUUUGUAUAAUGGUAGUGAGUGUACUUGAGUGUAUUUCAUUUUUGAAUGUGCA